GAAUCACCGCAGAAGAUAAAAACCUAGAUGCACCAGAGGUGGACAGAUUCCAUGACAGCAGCUGGACAUCACAGCAGGAUGGGUGGAAGUGGACUGUGGCUGCUGGUGCCUGUGGCCUUUGCCUGCUUCUCUUCUCUGGCAGAGGCAGCUCCUUUGACGCUGAUGUCAGUUCCCAGCAUAAUGCGAGUGGGCUGGCCUGAAAAUAUCUUUGUGGAGUGUCAGAACUGCUCUGGUGGUGAAAUCGGGGUCAAUGUCUACGUCAAGGAUUUUCCAUCUAAAGCCAACAUUCUCGCACAGACCAUGGUGAACCUGAACACAGGAAACGGUUUUCAGGGACUCGCAGCAGUUACGAUCCCUGUCGAAGGCUUCAGCCACGAUCCCAAUGCAAACCAGUUCGUGUACCUUCAGGCCCAGUUUCCUGACCGACUAUUGCAGAGAGUGGUCAUGGUCACUUUCCAGGCAGGCUACAUGUUUAUACAGACUGACAAGACCCUCUACACACCCAACACCAAAGUCUACUACAGGGUGUUUGGUUUGACGCCCCAAAUGGGAGCUAUAGAAACAGAUGCAUCAGUGGCCAUUGAGAUUAUGACACCUGAAGGACAUGUUGUGCAUGAUGAUCAAAUCGCUCUGAAUUCGGGGUUACUGAAUGGUGAAUAUCAACUGGGUGAAUUAGUCAGCCUUGGAGUGUGGAAAGUUGUCACCCGGUUCCAGGGCAGCCCACAGAAAAAGUACUUUGCAGAGUUUGAGGUCAAAGAAUACGUGCUCCCCAGUUUUGAGGUUAAGUUGAAGAGUCAGCGACCAUUUUAUUUUAUAAACGAGCCUGAACUUACUAUCGACAUCCGAGCCACGUAUCUGUUUGGAAAAGAAGUGGACGGCGUCGCAUAUGUGAUAUUUGAGAUCGACACAGAGGACCAGAGGAUCAGUUUGCCAGGUUCACUGCAGAGAGUUCAGAUCGAGAAAGGCAAAGGCACAGUGACUCUGAAGAGAGAGCACAUCACCCAAAUGUUCCCGAACAUUCAAGAGCUGGAGGGAAAAUCUAUUGUUGUAGCUGUCAGGGUGCUGACAUCGACGGGCAGUGACAUGGUGGAACAGGAAUUGAAGGGGAUUCUAAUCGUGUCAUCACCAUACACCAUCAACUUCAGAAGAACGCCCAAAUACUUCAAACCAUCACUGUCUAUGGAUGUUUGGGUUGAAGUCCUCAACCCGGAUGGCAGCCCUGCGGGGAAUGUUCAAGUUACAGUGAAUCCUGGCCGGCGUCUGGGUGUUACCAAUGACGAUGGCAUUGCCAAGGUUCCAAUUGAUACCGCUUCAGGUGACACAAGACUGAGGAUCAGUGCAGCAACAAAUGACCCCAACAUUCAGGGCCACCAAGCGACAGCUACCAUGGAAGCAACAGCCUAUCAGUCCAACAGCCGCAACUAUAUCAGCAUUUCGGUGAACACAGAAGCCAAGUUGAAACUGGGAGACAACAUGAAAGUCACUUUGAACAUGAACAUGCAGAACAACAAAGACAACAUCGACAUCACAGUCCUGCUCAUGAGCAAGGGACAGCUGGUGCGCUCCUUCCGUGAAAAGAAACGAGGCAUUAUGGCAAACCUCAUCAUUCUCAUCACCAAAGAGCUGGUGCCGUCCUUCCGAAUCAUUGCUUACUACCACGCCGCUGAAAAUGAGCUGGUGUCUGACUCCAUUUGGGUGGAUGUUCAUGACACCUGCACAGGGACGCUGAAGCUGGAAAUAAAUGGUGGCUCUAAACCAUUGGAACCCAGCGUAAUGUUUGGUCUGAAGGUGACUGGAGAUCCAGGAGCAGCUGUGGGACUGGUGGCCGUGGACAAAGGAGUCUACGUUCUUAACAACAAACACCGGCUCACACAACAAAAGAUUUGGGACCUGGUGGAGAAGCAUGACACUGGCUGUACCCCUGGUGGAGGGAGGGAUGCCAUGAAUGUCUUCUAUGAUGCAGGACUUCUUCUUGAGUCCAGCACUGCGUCUGGAACCCAGCACAGGAAAGAGUUGAAGUGUCCAACGAUCAGCAGGAGGAGACGAUCCCUGACCCUGAGAGAAGUCACAGAAAGUUUAGUGAGUAAUUUUACAGAAAAGUUGGAGAAGGAAUGUUGUCAGGAGGGAAUGACACAAACCUUGCUGUCAUACUCCUGCGAGACACGGAGCGAGUACAUCACAGAAGGACCUGCUUGUGUUGCCGCCUUCAUGUACUGCUGCACACAGUUAGGGAGCAAACAGGCUGAAAUGAAGCACAACGCACUUCUACUGGCUCGUGUUGACGAUGAUGACGACAGCUACAUAGACAGUAAUGACAUUAGGUCUCGCUCCAAGUUCCCUGAGAGCUGGCUGUGGACAUACAUCCAUCUUCCAGCAUGCGCCCCAGGAGAGCGCAAGUGUGAAACAAAAUCGAUUCAGAAAGAUUUUCCACUCCAGGAUUCAAUCACAACCUGGCAGGUGACCGGCAUCAGUCUGUCCAAAAGCAACGGAAUAUGUGUCGGUGAUCCACUGGAGGUGAUAGUGGAGAAGGCAUUUUUUGUUGAACUCAAAUUGCCUUAUUCAGCUGUCAUUGGGGAGCAAAUUGAAAUCAAAGCAAUCCUCCAUAACUAUCGGGACAAGGGUGCUACGGUGCGAGUGGAUCUUAUAGAGAAGCCGCAUGUGUGCAGUUCAGCAUCCAAACGCGGGAAAUACAGGCAGGAAGUGACAGUUGGACCACAAUCCACCAGAUCUGUCCCAUAUGUUAUCAUUCCCAUGAAGGAAGGAGAGCACCAGAUCGAGGUCAAAGCUGCUGUGAGAGACACUGAGCUCACAGACGGUAUCCAGAAGCCGCUUCGUGUGGUGUCCAGAGGCGUUCUGGAAAAAUCUCCUCUGAUAGUGCAUCUUGAUCCUGCCAAAGAAGGUGUCGAUGGCAAGCAGACGAUAUCUCUCAACAGUGGAAUCCCCAAGAAAGACAUCGUCCCAAAUUCACCCACCAACACAUAUAUCUCAGUGACAGGCAGAGAGGAUUUAAGUGUCGUGUUGGAAAAUGCAAUUCGAGGAACCGCAAUGGAGCAAAUGAUCUCCCAGCCAUCAGGCUGUGGUGAGCAGAAUAUGAUCGGCAUGACUCUGCCUGUCAUUGCGACCUUAUACCUGGACAGAACUAACCAGUGGGAAGAUGUUGGCUUGAGCAAACGUGAUGAAGCACUGCAACACAUUGAAACAGGUUACACACAUGAGCUAAAGUAUCAUAAAAACGACGGCUCUUUUGCUGUGUUUGAAGAGCACAGCAGCGGCAGCAGCUGGUUGACUGCUUACGUAGUCAAGGUGUUUUCCAUGGCAGAGAGGCUGAUCCAAGUGAAAAAAAAUUACAUUUGUGAUGCUGUGAAGUAUCUGAUCCUCACUGCUCAACAGCCUGAUGGAAUGUUUAAAGAAAUUGGAACCGUAAUCCAUGGAGAAAUGAUUGGAGAUGUGAAGGGCGGAGAUUCAGAUGCCUCCAUGACAGCGUUCGUCCUCGUUGCGUUGCAGGAGUCUCAUAGACAUUGUAAUGCGUCAAUUGGGAGUCUACCAGGGGCAAUAGAGAAAUCCAUCACCUUCCUGGAGAAGCGCUUGCCGUCCCUCACUAACCCUUAUGCAGUUGCCAUGACGUCAUAUGCUUUGGCCAAUGAAGGAAAACUGCAGAAGGAUGUGCUCUUCAGGUUUGCAGCUGCAGACCGAACCCACUGGCCUACUCCAAAGGGGCAUGUCUACUCUCUCGAGGCCACUGCUUAUGCUCUUCUGGCCUUAGUCAAGGUCAAGGCUUUUGAAGAAGCCAAACCUAUCGUGAGAUGGUUCAGCCAACAGAAGAAGGUGGAUGGUGGUUUCGGAUCCACUCAGGCGACUAUCAUUGUCUAUCAGGCCGUGUCGGAAUACUGGGCCAAUGCAAGAGAGCCACAGUACGAUCUGAAGGUGGACCUCAUGCUGCCAGGAAGGUCCUUACCUGACAGGUUCAGUCUUAACAGAAGAAACCAUUUUGCAACAAGAACAUCCAAGUUCAACGAGAUAAACCAAGAUGUGGAUGUGGUCGCGACCGGCACAGGAGAAGCCACUCUGACGAUGGUGUCGCUGUAUUACGCCAUACCAAAAGAAAAAGAAAGUGACUGUGGGAAGUUUAAUUUGUCGGUGCAGCUGAUCCCAGACACUGUUGAAGACGAUGAAGAAAUUUUCAAGUUGAGGAUUGAUGCUAUGUACAAACAUCCAGAUUUGGAUGCAACCAUGACAAUUUUGGACAUCGGCCUGCUGACUGGCUUCCUCCCCGAAACAAAGGACCUGGACGCGUUGGUCAGAGGAAAGGCUGCAGUUAUUUCAAAGUACGAGAUGAACAAAGGCCUGUCGGAGAGAGGUUCUCUCAUCAUUUACCUGGACAAGGUUUCUCACAAGCGUCCAGAAGAGAUCACAUUCAGGGUCCGUCGCACAAUGAAGGGGGGCAUUUUACAACCAGCUGCCGUGUCCGUCUAUGAAUACUACGACCAGACGCCAUGUAUGAAGUUUUACCAUCCGGAAAGAAAAGAUGGAAAGCUGCUCAGGCUCUGUACCAAAGAUGAAUGCAAGUGUGCUGAAGAGACCUGCAGUAUGCAGCAGAAAGGUGAAAUCAACAACAACCAGCGACUAGCCAAGCUGUGUGAGAGCACAGAGACCAACAGCAUAGAUUAUGCGUACAAAGUGUCUGUGGAGUCAUUUUCCGAUGCUUUGUCCACCGAUGUUUACACAAUGAAAAUCAUGCAAGACAUCAAAGAAGGAAGCCUGGACUUGAACAUUAAAGGAGAACUACGCAAGUUCCUUGGUUAUCCAUACUGCAGGGGGAGUUUCGAUUUGCAUUCCAAUAAAACCUACCUCAUCAUGGGUUCAUCCAGUGACACACACAAAGAUGAUACGGAUGGAACGUACCAGUAUGUGCUGGGGGAGAAGACAUGGAUCGAAUACUGGCCCUCACCCACCGAGUGUCAGGAGGAUCUGCACAGGAGUGCGUGUCUGGGUAUAAGAAAGAUGGUCAACAAAUACCAACUCGUGGGAUGUGAGCAGUAAUGUGUCCUGACAUGAAAUCAAACAAGAACCAUCUUUAAAUGAUGUUGCUUCCCUCACUGUGUUGUGAAAAGUAAACAUCAAUGCUUUUGCAGAUUGAUCACUUCAAUCCAGCCUCGCUGGAUUCAUUCCUGUUUUACUCUUAUUUUAUGUAAAAAGUGUCAAUAUUAGUCUGACUGACCUGUUUGGCACGGAAAUUUAAGAUAAUCUUAAAAUGGCCAGAAAAUAAAACACAAGAAAUUACGACUAUAA